CAGUAGGUCAGGGGAUGCCAGGCAAGCAGAGUGAGGGGUCCCACAGUAAAGCAUCAGGGGGUCCCAGGCAAAUGGCGUGGCAGAUCCUGCUGGAGGGCAGGCAGGGGUCCUAAACAGGCAGUGUGGGAAUCCCAGGCAGGCAGUGGGGGACCGAGUUCCCAGUAGGGGGUCCCUGGCUGCUGGGGUUCUUGGUGGGGGGAACCCUUUGGGAUUCCCAGCCUGGCUGGUGAGCCUCUGAAGGGUAUCUGAGGUCCCUGGACUGGGAUGCUGGGGGCUGGGUCCCAGGGAAUAUCUGGUGGGACCCUGGCUGUGGGGUCUGGGCUCGGGGUACUGGGGGGUGUCUGGGGGCUGCUCCUGACCUCGCUCUUUCUCCCUGAUCCGCUUGUGCCAGAAUCCUGGGGGCAUUUCCUGUCCAUGCCCAGUCACUGUGAUAACUUUCUAUCCACUUAUCAAACACUGUGAGGUGAAAGCACAGAUUUUGCUUUUCUCCUCUCUUGAAAACUGCAGGAACUUCCAGUUCCAUCAGGAAAAUUCAUGCCAGUCCUUGUCCUAGCUCUUGGGGGUAGGGGAUGGGAAGGGGGUUAGCACUGCCACACAAAGGUCUCUUCCACAGCAUUCUGGACUCAUUCUUUCUGAAAUCUGGUUUCACUGAGACCACUGUUAAUCCAGUCACUGCAUGGAAAGACAAGGAGUGACUCCAGAUGGACAGUGGGGCAAAUGAGAUCAGCAGUUCUCCCUGUGAGGAGGGGCUCUCAUUAGCUGCUCUCCCCAGAGAGCUGAAGGAGGGAAGCUGCUCAAAUGCUCUGUCCUUCUCUGCUCAGGAUAUUGGGGUUCAGCUUCCUGGGUCAGACGCUGCAGCCUCCAUUGUGAUCUGGGAGACCAGGCUUAGCAGCUGCUGCUCCUACAGCAGGGUUCUGUGCUGGGAUGUGACCUUUUAACUAAAGCUUCUUCUCUGCCCGGCCCAGGUGAUGACUUUCUCAAGCUGGUACUAGCCCUCUGGGGCAGCCCUGGGCCCUGUUAAUACUAAAUUCUGAGCCAGAGACUCCAGGUAACUAAAAGAAAUGAAGGGAAAAUGCUGGGGUGUGGCAUUAAAAUGACUCUACGCAAACAUCCUCCCCUCCCCCACCCCCAGUAAUUUCUCCUCCCAUUAGCAAUUUCAGGAGUAAAUCCAGCCAUGGGGAGCAAACAACCCAGGAAUGGGACCUUCCUACCAGACGGGCAGGGAGAGAGGACAGGGAAAAGGAGAUUGAAGGAGAAAGAGAGACUGAAAGUGGCCGUGAGAGAGAAGAGUAUUGAGAGAGAUUUCCAGAUCUCUAACCUGCCCAGACAGAUGUAUUACUGCACCCUGGGUAGAGUCACUUUCCUGUGGACAAGAUGAGGAUCAGACAAAGUUAAACCCAGUUCCUGAUUCCAUAUCCCUCCUGCUGGGGUGUGGCUCCCAUAACAUCAGCGUCCGAGGGAAUUAUCGAAAGUGACUCCUUUGGUUCUGCUUUUUUCUAGCCUUGUGUUCAGAGACUUUCUUACGGGAUGAGGGGAGGGAGAGGGAGAAGGAGAAGGGAGGUUAAAAAUCUCUCUGUGGGUUUAGCCUGGCAGUAGGGCCAGGUCUACACUGUAAUAAAGAGAUUGAACAUUUUCCCAGCAUGGUAGAAUCUAGGAUAUCUGUCUGCAGAGAAAGAGCCUGGGGGAAUAGUGAUGUGAAAUUAACUAAAGCCUGUUCUGAAACCUCCACAACUGCCCUUCUCAACCAGACAGGCUGGAGAAUGAUGUCCAUGUUUCGCUCCAGCUCAUCCCAUCUUCCCAUGGGAUAGGGAAGAGAAAUUGCUGCAGUGGAGCCAGUUCAGGUAGGGAUUAUUGAGGGGGUUCCUGGUGGGCUCCUGUAGGAGGGAGAGGGACAGGGACAGCAAAUACACCGGAGAUGGGAAGGUUUGCACGCUCUGGUCUGGAGGUUGGAGCGGGACAGGAAAUGCACAGGGUGGAGAAAGGGAGGAGGACAGGGUAUGGCAAACCUGCUGGGAGUUGUUUAAUAAGUGGCCUAGAUUCUAGGAACAGACCCAUGAGGUUCGGAGGUGGACAUGCCCUAAUUUGUGAAACAGAAAAUAACCCACCUACAUGGGGCUAGGAAAACUGACCAGACUCAUAGUUCUGGAGCCCAAUCCAACUAAUCAGCUGCUCUGAGAUAUGAAGGAGGCACCCACCAGUGAGGCUUAGGGGAGAUUCCCCUCCCUUCAUAUCCAGUGCCUCACAAUGAGGAGGGUGUUUGGCUCCCUAACAGGGAGCUCUCCGUGGACCCUGCUAGAGGCUCCAUCUCCUGUAUUAAUCUGUGGCUAGUAGGUGUGUGAUGGAUCUGCUGGGAGAGACAAGGGGCUCUCUCUUCGUCCCCUCACUCUGGUGUUUCCUGGAUUCUCUGAGCUGGGUGGGGGUGGGACUCUGUUGACUGCGAUCCAUCAAGAGCUUCUAUUUGAUUGGCUCUUCUCCCCCAUGAAUAGUGGGGCAGCAGGUACUGAAUGUGGGACUCUUGCUCUUUCAGAGGCCGGUGACCUUCGAGGAGGUGGCUGUAUAGAAGAGUGGGCUCUGCUGGACCCCACUUAGAGAGCCCUCUACAGAAAAGUCAUGCAGAAGAACUAUGAGAUUGUGACCUCGCUGGCAGGUGAUGAAAUGGUAUGUGAGAAAGAAGAGCAGAAUUCUCAUCAGGAAAAUGUUGAGCAAGUGGAUAAAGACAGAGCACUAUCGCGAAGAUUGAAAAGGAAUGUGUCCAGGAGUCAUGAGCAGGGAAAAUCCUGUGAGAUUCAGCACAGACCAGAAACAGAGCAGGGAAACCAGCCAGGGGAGAAAGUGGGUAAAUUAAUUUCAUAUCUGGGAACUCAGAAGGACCUCAAGGAAAUCACAACACAGAAAGAAAUCCUCAGGAGAAAGAGAAACAAUACAUGCACUGAGUAUGGGAAAAACUUAAAUCAUGACUCAGUCAUUAUAAAGCAUCAGAGAAUCCAUACAGGUAAGAAACCCUGUGAAUGCAGUGAAUGUGGGAAAAUCUUCAAUCACAGUUCACACCUUAUUAGGCAUCAGAGAAUCCACACAGGGGAGAGGCCCUAUGAAUGCAAUGAAUGUGGGAAUACCUUCAAUCACAGUUCACACCUUAUUAGGCAUCAGAGAAUCCACACAGGCGAGAGGCCCUAUAAAUGCCUUGAGUGUGGGAAAAGCUUCACUACCAGCUCAGCCCUAUCUGAACAUCAGAGAAUCCACACAGGGGAGAGGCCCUAUGAAUGCAGUGAGUGUGGGAAAAGCUUCACUACCAGCUCAGCCCUUUCUGAACAUCAGAGAAUCCACACAGGGGAGAGGCCCUAUGAAUGCCUUGAGUGUGGGAAAAGCUUCACUACCAACUCAGCCCUUUUUCAACAUCAGAGAAUCCACACAGGCGAGAGGCCCUAUGAAUGCAGUGAGUGUGGGAAAAGCUUCAUUACCAGCUCAGCCCUUUCUGAACAUCAGAAAAUUCACACUGGUGUGAGACCCUAUGAAUGCACUGAGUGUGGGAAAACCUUCAAUCGCAGCUCGACCCUCAUUAGGCAUUGGAGAAUCCACACAGGGGAGAGGCCCUAUGAAUGCAUUGAGUGUGGGAAAGCCUUCAAACACAGUUCACACCUUAUUAGGCAUCAGAGAAUCCACACUGGAGCGAGGCCCUAUGAAUGCAGAGAGCGUGGGAAAAGCUUCACUAGAAGUUCAGCCCUUUCUGAACGUUAGAGAAACCACACAGGCGAAGAGCCCUAUGAAUGCUGCGAGUAUGGGAAUACCUUCUCUUGGCACUCAGCCCAUGUUAGGCAUCAGAGAAUCUGCAAGUGAGAUCAACACCAUAAAAACCUCUAGGGCUAUCCAUACUGUUUUUUCUUUAAUACUUUUCCAGAUUCCCACAGAGUAACUUUUAAAGCUGUAUGAACUGUUUGCAGCACCGUUAUCCCUCAGCUUGUCCAGAUGAGGGGCCCAUUUUUGCCUUUUGCCAUUCAACCUGUUUUGAAGUUGACCUAUUUGUCCUUUUUAUCAACUCCAUUGUCCCAUGAGACAUUCAAGUGUGCCCUUCCUAUCCAGAACCAGGGAGCAUCACAUUUAUACCAUUCCUCCUAUUGCAAAGUUAUUGUUAGAGUCACCAAUGAUACAGAUUUUAUCAUUGCCAGUUGUUCUCAUGUUGCUCUGGGUUUUGCUAAUGAGCAGUUAUACUGGGAACUUUUCAAAUUAUAUUUAAAUGAAGAGGAGCGGGGGCAGGGAAUAUAGAGUCAGUUCAGCCUCUGUGACACUGGAAGGAGAUGGGGAGACUCAGAGAUUCCCUCCUUCCCCAUCACUGCAGAACUGUUAACUUUUGUCUGAGCCAUGCAGAGUUUAACUUCGUCACAUUCUAUCCAUCCACUUCUCAAAGUGUCAUGUGAGGAAGAGUUCUCAGCUGUCUGUGCUUGGAGAUGAUACUUUGACUUUUUUAAUCCUAAAUCAGAGUCACUAUGACUGGAGAUGAAAGUAUUAAAGACCUGGAAGGGGAAUUCAAAUGGAUCCCAAGCACAGUGUGAUUGGAGCUUAAAUCACAGGUUCCAUCUAUUGGUAAAGCCACUUCUGGCAAGGUGGCUGUUUUUUCCCUGCAUUAUUUGGAUGCUAGAUUGUAAAAAUGUUGUAAAUAACGUAACUGACUAUUGAGACAGUGCUGAGUGAAGUAUGUUUGAAUGGCUCAGAGGAGAAUGUGAUGGGAGAAUCUCUUGUCCUGAUUCUGAAUAAUCAGAUGUAACCUGCUCCGGAAUUUCACUUGACACUUUCAUUGUCAUGUUUUCGAUCUCUCUCUGAUGUGGAUUUCUAUCUUUCCUGAAGGCUGUUUGGUCACCCAAUCGGAUAUUAGUUCAGUUUGAUAGGAUAUAGCUCAGAUUUAUUGGAGACUGUUUUGGGAAGCCAUUCCUUACUAACACUGUUGAGAUUUUGAGUGGUUUUGUAAAGGAUUCUACUUCAGAGAACUGUAAAUUUACCCUAAACAAGGCCAAGGAUUUGGAAAGAGUAAACACUCAGUUCUUGGUUUCCACCCCUGUAAAGGAAGCUAUGGUCACCAGUGACCCAAGGGAAAUUGUUUGUACCACUCCACUUCCUAGUGCACUGUCACUGAUUACAGUUCCAGAGGAUACCAGGGUUAGACUGAGAACAAUCAUCCUUCACUGUUGGGAUUCAAAGAGAGAGUGCUUCAUAGGACAUUCCUUCCCGGUGGAUCCCAAACUACCUGCCUGAUUGGGUAACAAGGACUUUCAGGCUGUAGAAAUGAUGGUAACCAAUGAGGCAAUGAAUGUGUCAGGCUCCAAUUUCUGACUUCCGGAUACACACAUGGUGAGUCCUGAUUCCAUGGUUUUAUAUAUACACCCACGAAAGCUUAUGCUCCAAUACGUCUGUUAGUCUAUAAGGUGCCACAGGACUCUUUGUUGCUUUUUACUGCUAUUACAGACGCUCUAAGCCAAUGGAAGAAAUCUCUCAUGCUGGACUUUAUUAGUCCAGCUCCCGCAAGCGGAAGCAGCUAUGUUGGCAGGAGCAGCUCUCCUGCUGAUGAAGCAUUAUCUACACAGGCAGUUAGGGCUGUAUAACUACGUUGCUCACCUGUGUGGAUUUUUCACACCCCUGAGCAAUAUAUGUUUACGGAUAAAUGUCUUUAGUGUAGACCAGACAGUUUUAUCUUGAGUUUUAUGCAUUUACAUCACUUCUCCUCUAGUUUGUCCUACUUUGAAAGAUUAAAAAGUGUGAAAAGAGAGGUAUUUUUCCUCAUGAUGCAAACACUCCCACAUAGGAGACCCCUUCCACCAACACACAUGGCAGAAGAACCAGAGAUAUAUGAACUCACAGAAGUGGUUGGGACCUACCUUGGGACAAACCAGAACUUGAGCCAAGAUUCAGUUGUUGGCAAUGGGGAUUAAAAGAAAACUAACAUAUGUGACGAGAAUUUGUGAUCUUUGAAUAUGGUGUUGUUUCCAAUGAAAAUGUAAUUAUAGGUGAAGUUAUUGGUUAAAGAGUAAGAGACUAAUUGUGUGAUGAUCUGAAUUAUUUUGGAAAACUGAAAGUUGUCUUGUUUUUUGUUUUGUUAGUCUUGCAGCAAAUGAUGGCUAAUCUUGAAAAGUUAAUUUGGUUUAAUUUACCCGUUGUGUAGUGUAAGGAGUUCUGGUAGAAAACCUCACUCCAAAGGUUGGGGUGGGAGAAUGUGUGUGAGAAAGAGUGCAUAAGAAUAUUGGCCCAGUAUAGAUUUUAAUUGUUUGUAUUUCAAAUGGAACUUAUUUUGCUUAGCUUCCAAGUCAAUUUCUAUUAAAAAAAAAAAACUUUCGAAGAGACAAGUUUUAUAACUUUUUAGCCACUUAGACUGUAAGGGUCACUGACUUCCCCACUUCUCUAAUUUGCAAAGGAAAGGCAUGACAUCUGUUAUAGGACAUGUCCAGCAGGUAGGAAAGCUGCAAUUGUCAACCAUCAAUAUCAAGGAAAAGGAAAGUUCCAACCAUUGUCAUUUUAGUAUCUUAUUGUUCCUUUCUCUAUUUUUUGUGCUGGCCUUUCUGUUAUAUCAGGAUGUGACUAUAUAGCUCAGUGCAUGCGUGACAAAAGCUUAUUGGUGCCAAUUAGAAAAGGGGUCACUGUUACUCACAAGCAACUCCUGUCUCAGUCCUGACAAACUUGCCACAGCUAAUACACUGAUUUUAUUAUAUUUAUCCAGGAAGCAUAGCAGUGAGAUCUCUAAUGAAAGCUUGUAAAUUAUUGUUCCUCCUAAUCACUGCGAGGUGUGUAUGAGACAUAUUGAAGGAGUAAUGUAAGUACGUGGAAAAUUAUGCCCAUAUGGUAUUGUCAUGAAAGUGAGUCACCCCAGUCAUAGGUCUUGGUGGGGACAGCCCAUUCCAAUAGGAGGGAAUUGUCACUUGUCCCUUGCUAAUCAGUUAUGUGAUGUAUUGCUCCAUUAUCAACCUUUGCGCCAAUCCAGAAAAGCCGAUAGAAAACCAUCAACAACAAACUAUAGACAUCAAAAUCCUGUGGAAGUGAAAAGGACAAUAUGACAAUGAGGAGAUCGUCCUUUCUGUGAAUAAAGACAAAUGACCGAUUCAGUUUAUAACGGUGUGGAGAAAAACACUCUGGGUCCAUUCACCAAGAAGAUCCGUAACGACCAGUGGUGCUUCAUGAAAGGCAGGGCCCUGGCUUCUAGAGACUAGCAAUCACUGCACUAGACUGAAGUGUGACAUGAGAAUCU